GGAAAACACAUCGUUUGUUUAAGGGAUUGAUGGGUUUUAGGGCUGGCCAACACACAUCACUCCGGAUGUGCAUCAUCCGCUAUCAACCUCAGGCAAACAGGACCGUCUCCCUUCUGCCUGAGGCACAACGCGGUAACCACUAAACGCGUCGACGCGCGACGCCCUUCCGAGGAGUUGAUUGAUCAACUCAGCUGUCGCAACAUUCUUUAAGCAUCUGUUCAAGUCGUAUAGAUCCCUCAAUACUUCCGAUAUGUCCCAAUAAUCUUUCAAAGGAGUCUUAUUAUCACUACCGUCAAAACAGAAUGGCCAAAGGACCGCCCGCGUCUUCCUCUCCGGCCGCAACGCCCCCCUCCGGAGUUCUCAAACGAACCACUUCUAGCACUCAGAAUAUGAAGAAUCAGAAGUCAAUUCUUGGCUUCUUUCAAAAAUCUUCACCGUCAACACCUUCCACCGCUCGUAAUGCCGAACCAGCCUCGUCACCCGCCCAGAGGGUAUCGGAGCAGCGCGGGGCGACCGCUACUCGACGCUCCGUGAAAAGCGAAAAGAAGAAGAAUAUCCCACAGUUCUCGGACCUGAGCCCAGUGCCCAGUAGUGACCUGGUUGAACCAGAGGAGGAGGAAGGCAAUGCCGAGGCGAGCUCCAAUGACCCAAAGGCGACUUCGCCAUCCCGUCGGUCCAAAAAGCAGGUUAAUUAUUUCGAGUCCAAUUCCGAAGGCGAAGAUGACGACGAAAAGAUAUUCCGCCCUAGCCGCAAGAACAAGGCGCCCAAGCGGAGAAAGGUAUCACCCGAGAGUGAUGAUGAAUUUGAACAAGAUGGAGAUGAUGUUGGGUACUCGAAUGAAGAAAUGGAUGAUUUCAUUGUUGAGGAUGACUCAGACGAAGAAGUGAAGGCUUCGAAGAAGCGCAAGAGGUCAACUCAACCAAAGGCUAAGUCUUCAUCUGUACCUCCAGUCCCAUCACUGGAGGAAGACCUAGACCUGGACAUUCCAGAUGCUUCUUCUGGUACCGCGUUGAAAUGGACGUAUGACCCGGAAAACUCAGAGCCUCGUCAAAACCGUACAGCCCCAGUUUUAUCGAAAAGCUCAUCUGGCACAACAAAACAGAAGGCGCAUAUUACAGAACCUGAACAGCGCUAUGCUUGGCUGGCAAACAUUCGAGAUAUAGACGGCCAUCCAGCCGGCCAUCCUGACUACGACCCUCGUACCCUUUAUAUACCUCCCUUAGCCUGGGCCAAGUUUUCGCCCUUUGAAAAACAGUACUGGGAGAUCAAACAAAAGUUCUGGGAUACCGUCGUAUUCUUCAAGAAGGGAAAGUUUUACGAACUUUAUGAAAAUGAUGCCACUAUUGGUCACCAAUUAUUUGACCUCAAGCUUACCGAUCGAGUCAACAUGCGCAUGGUCGGUGUCCCCGAAAUGAGCUUGGAUCACUGGGCAAAUCAGUUUGUAGCCAAGGGAUACAAGAUUGCCCGCGUGGACCAAGCAGAGUCUGCCCUUGGCAAGGAAAUGCGCGAGAGAGACGGCAAGAAAGGAGGCAAAGAAGACAAAGUCAUCAGGAGAGAGCUGGCUUGUGUCCUCACUGCCGGUACAUUGGUCGAAGGAUCAAUGCUCCAGGAUGAUAUGUCUACUUACUGCGUUGCUAUCAAAGAAGCCGUCAUAGAAGAUCUUCCCGCCUUUGGGCUUGCUUUCGUAGACACGGCGACGGGCCAAUUCUUCUUGUCAGAGUUUGUCGACGAUGCCGAUAUGACAAAGUUUGAAACAUUUGUUGCUCAAAUUCGCCCGCAAGAACUACUGCUUGAGAAAUCUACGAUUUCACAAAAGGCACUUCGCAUCUUGAAGAACAAUACAGGCCCCACCACACUAUGGAAUCAUUUGAAGCCAGGGAAGGAGUUCUGGGAAGCGGACAUCACGGUGAGAGAACUGGAUGCCAGUGAGUAUUUCGUCUCUGAGGAUGACGAAAACCUGAAUGCAUGGCCAGAAGUUCUUCGAGCGGCUCGCGAUAAGGAACUAGCUAUGUCGGCCUUUGGCGCGUUGGUGCAAUAUCUCAGGCUUCUGAAGCUUGACCGUGACUUGAUCACAAUCGGUAACUUCUCUUCCUACGACCCAAUUAAGAAGGCUUCUAGCCUGGUGCUAGACGGGCAGACGCUUAUCAAUAUGGAAAUCUUUGCCAACUCAUUUGAUGGAGGCUCAGAUGGGACAUUGUUUCAGCUGUUGAAUCGCUGCAUCACACCGUUUGGCAAGCGUAUGUUCAAACAAUGGGUUUGCCAUCCACUAAUAGAUGCGAAGAAGAUCAAUGCCAGGUUGGAUGCUGUUGAUGCGCUCAACGCGGAUCCUAGCAUUCGGGAUCAGUUUUCUUCACAAUUGACGAAGAUGCCUGAUUUAGAACGAUUAAUCUCACGUAUUCAUGCUGCUAAUUGCAAAGCCCAAGACUUCUUGCGCGUGCUAGAGGGCUUCGAACAGAUCGAAUACACCGUGAGCCUUCUCAAGGACAGUGGCUCUGGAGAAGGCGUCAUUGGUCAGUUGAUCAGUGCAAUGCCGGAUCUGAACGAAUUGCUUGAAUACUGGAGAACAGCUUUCGACCGCGCCAAAGCAAGGGAGAACGGCAUCCUAGUACCCAAAGCUGGCGUCGAAGAAGACUUCGACAACUCCCAAGAAAAUAUUGAAGAACUCCAUCGGGAGCUUGAUAAUAUUUUAAAGCGAACUCGUCGCGAAUUAGGCUCUACUGCCAUUUGUUACCGUGACAAUGGCAAAGAGAUAUAUCAGCUGGAGGUUCCGAUUAAAGUGAAAAAUAUACCUAAGAACUGGGAUCAGAUGUCAGCAACUAAACAGGUGAAGCGGUAUUAUUUCCCCGAACUGCGGUCCGUCAUUCGCAAGCUCCAGGAAGCCCAGGAGACGCACAGUCAAAUCGUCAAAGAGGUCGCUGGCCGAUUCUAUGCACGGUUUGAUGAACACUAUGCAACAUGGCUAGCAGCAGUCAGGAUUAUUUCUCAAUUAGACUGCUUGAUCAGUCUGGCUAAAGCAUCAUCAUCUCUGGGACAACCAAGUUGCCGUCCUACUUUCGUUGACAAUGAGCGAAGUGUUCUCGAGUUUGAGGAGCUGCGUCACCCGUGCCUCCUCUCCUCGGUGGAAGAUUUUAUCCCGAACGAUGUCAGGUUAGGAGGUGAACGUCCCAACAUUGACCUUCUUACUGGUGCUAAUGCUGCCGGAAAAUCCACCGUUCUGCGUAUGACUUGCGUCGCUGUUAUCAUGGCCCAAAUCGGUUGCUACUUGCCUUGUCAAUCUGCGCGAUUAACCCCAGUCGAUCGUAUCAUGUCCCGUCUAGGUGCAAACGACAACAUCUUCGCUGCUCAGUCGACGUUCUUUGUAGAACUUUCCGAAACCAAGAAGAUUCUCUCGGAGGCUACUCCCAGGUCUUUAGUCAUCUUGGAUGAAUUGGGUCGAGGAACCAGCUCUUAUGACGGAGUAGCCGUGGCUCAAGCUGUACUGCACCAUGUUGCUACCCACAUCGGAGCCCUGGGAUUCUUCGCAACCCACUACCACUCUCUGGCGGCUGAAUUCGAAGGACACCCUGAGAUCGCACCAAAACGCAUGAAGAUCCACGUGGACGAUGAGGAGCGGCGUAUCACGUUCCUGUAUAAACUGGAAGAGGGCGUUGCCGAAGGUAGUUUCGGUAUGCACUGUGCCGCCAUGUGCGGUAUUUCCAGUAAGGUCAUUGAGAGGGCAGAGGUGGCCGCGAAGCAAUGGGAGCACACGAGUCGCCUCAAGGAAAGUCUUGAACGGCGCAAGGGUGGUGGCUUUGUUGGACUGGGAUGGUGGAGCGAUGUCGCUUGGGCUCUGCGCGAGUCAUCCGAUGCCAAUGGUGGUGAAAUUUCCGAUAGAAGUCUGGAGGUACUCCUGAAAGCCAUUGAAGCUCUGUAAUUGCGUUGGAUGCUUCAUCCUAUCGGGGUUCGUUCACUAAUUCGGUGUUUGUGAUUCGGGGUACCAAGUCAUGAUCUUUAUAAAAUGGCACUCUGUCUGGAGUUCAGGGAUAUCUGUAAUCGUGAUCUAAAGUUAGAAAUCUGCGUCUGGCUCAGUUGUAUAGGAAAUUAUCCAAUUCAAGGCAAUUUGUUUGUUAUUUAC